AUGAGUAUCAAUGAUAUUCGCAGUAUUGAUGAUGUCAAUAACUGUGGUUUGUUUGGUCAAAUUCGUUGUGGGACUGUUUAUAAUGCUUCAAGAGUAUUGUUCAACAAAGAUAUUGAGGAGAUCAAUCGACUUAGAGAAAGGAUUAAGGAUGAUGAGUCAUUCUCUGUUGGUUUACCAUUGGCGUUAAAGUCUCACGAGCCUAAAGUGGUUGAUGAAAUUGCCGGAAAUUUGAAGUCGAUUGAAACAUUAUUCUGCCUUGAAGAUGAAAGUUAUUGGAUUUGUGCAAGAGUAGAAUCGGUUAGUUGCUAUGGCGAUUGGUAUUAUAUUUCUUGCAAGAAAUGUGGAAAAAAGGUUCUUAAGGAUGGUAAUCAGUUUUUCUGCUCUGGAUGUGGAUUGUUUGAUGGCUCUGGUUUUAUGAGGUAUAUGUUGAAGUUUGAAGUCUUUGAUGGUACAAGUACUGCACAAUUGGUGCUUUGGGACAAGGAAUGUGUCAAUAUAAUGAACAAAAAGGCUUCUGAAGUUGAUACCCGAGAGGUUGUUCUAGUAAACUGCGUGUCGAAGGAUGUUGAAACUUUUAUCACUGGAAAAGUAUUCCUCUUCAAGGUUUCUAUCAGGAAAGAGGAUGAUUUCUUAAGCUUGAAACCCUAUAAUGUCAAAAAAGUUGUUACUGAUGAGGAUUUGAUUCGUCAAUAUUCUGCAAAUAUUCUUCCAAAUUUGGACAUAGGGAAUUGUUCGCAAUCAUUAGAUGAUCUUUUCUUAGAAGAGUGCGACAGGCUGUCUCCCAUUGUGAAUUUGGGUGAUGAUCAAGAUUCUCUGCAGGUGUAUGGUGAGAAGUUGUUUUCUCCUGGCUCGAUUGGUAUAAAAACUGAUGUGGAGAUUCUUCCCGAUGAUGGCCUUGUGAGUCUUGAUGGUUUGUGCAGAGUUCCUGGAGUGAUGAAUGAAGAUUUUGUCAUUGAUGUUGAUGCUGUAAUUGAUGUUUGUCCAUCCUUGGAUCGCAAGAAAAGUGUUGUUUUGAAGAGUGAAGGUGAUGUUACUCCGGGUCUCAAGAGAAAGCUGGUUGAAGAGUUCGAUGGAUCUAUUAAGUAUUCCUAG